AUGGCCGACGCCACCUCUGCUCUCCCUGAAGCCAAAGAAACCGUCAUCGCCUCUGCUGAAACCGCCAAGACCGACGUCGUGAAGGAUGCAGUGGACAAUGUGGUCACAAGAGGCAUAGAUGGUGCCAAAUCUCUGUUGCACAGUUUGGAAGAGAAGAAAGGUGAAGUCUCCUCCAAGAUAUUGGGAGCUGUUUCACACUUUACCGGUAGCGCUGACUCAGCAGCCACAACCGCAAACGGCGACUUACCAGUAUCCACAGACAAUCAGCCACUCCUAUCGGCGGGGGAUCGUGGGAUCGAGACAGCGACGCCAUGGUGGAAGAACUGCUGUGGAGUUCUUGAUCUUCUCAAGUCAUGA